ACUCCCGAGUAAUUUGUUAUUGUUGUGUCGACUGAACACGAAAAGGGGUGACUUGGCACCCUAUUUUUCCACGUUUCAGUCUAAAUUAGAGGCAAAUGGGUACUCAUACAAUAAUGUAGGUAUUUGUGGGGGGUUAACUGUAAUAUUUUUACACAAUAUGAUUGCAUCGAUUGACUAAUCGGUGUCUAACUCCGGGCACUGGUCUCGGAGCAGUCGACACCGAGCAGAAGCCAGGGUUCAGUUUAGACCUGUGCUUGGGUGUCAUUUUCCUGAGCAGUCCUGUCAUCAUGGAUCUCCUUUUUGACUGGGACAAUGAGGGGGAUAGGUAUUCUUUCGAAGACAGUGAUCGAUUUGAAGAAGAUUCAUUGUGUUCGUGGAUAAGCGAGCCAGAAAGUCUUUGUAACAAUUGGAGAGGAUGGAAAAGACAAAAUGGAGGUCAAGCUUCGACAAUUGUUAAAAACCAGGAAUCUGAUGGGCCAGUCAAGCCUCUGGUGGAGUUGGCAGCCAUGGCCGUGGCAUGCAACAUACCAUUUGAGGAGGUGGAGAUGUUCCCUCAGCCUAUCCCAGAACAGCUUCAACUCAGGAUAGCCUUUUGGAGUUUCCCAGAGAAUGAAGAGGAUAUAAGGCUGUACUCUUGCUUAGCUAAUGGUAGUGCUGAUGAGUUCCAGAAAGGAGAACACCUUUACAAGUUCAAGGCAGUUAAAGAGGCUCUACAGAUUGGUUUCCAUCUGAGUGCAACUGUCAUCCCACCACAGGGUAUAGUGCAGGCUAAGGGUAACUUCAAUGUGGCUGUUGUGUUUGACAGACGACGGAUAUCUUCUUGCACCUGUACUUGUAACAGCAUGGCUUCCUGGUGUUCCCAUGUAGUUGCACUGUGUUUAUAUAGAAUUCAUCAGUGCAAUGCUGUUUGUCUAAGGGCCCCUGUAUCUGAAUCCUUGUCAAGACUACACAGAGACCAACUGCAGAAAUUUGCUCAAUAUCUUAUUAGUGAACUGCCACAACAGAUAUUACCAACUGCCCAGAGACUGCUGGAUGAAUUGUUGUCGUCUCAGGAAACUGCUAUUAACACUGUCUGUGGUGCUCCAGAUCCUACUGCAGGACCAUCUGCCAAUGAACAGACAUCUUGGUGUUUGGAUGAGAACACUCUACAUGAAAAUAUCAAGAAAACACUUGUAAAAUUCUGUGUCCCAUCUCCCAUAGUUUUCAGUGAUGUCAACUAUCUAUCGGCCACUGCGCCACCAGCAGCAGCUGAGUGGCAGAGUCUACUGAGACCUCUAAGGGGAAGAGAACCAGAGGGCAUGUGGAAUCUGCUCUCGAUUGUCAGAGAAAUGUUCAGGAGGAAUGAUAGCAAUGCCAUUCCUCUACUUGAAAUCAUCACGGACGAAGUGUUACAAUGUGAACAGAUCCUGAUCUGGUGGUUCACCACUAAGACAACGGCCAACAAUAACAACAUGUGUCGAGGAAAUGGAAGUGGUGGAGCCAACAUUACCCAGCAUGCUGCAGCCAGUUUGUGUGAGGAAAUAGUGACACUUUGGAGAUUAGCUGCCCUCAAUCCCAAAUUAUCUCCAGUUCAACGGAAUGACCUUAGUGUUAAGUUCAAAGAGUGGCAUUUGUCUACUGUGGAGAAAGUAAGGAAAGCCAGAGGUGUCAGUAUCAAUAACACAGGCAAUGGCCUCAAGAAAAAUGAAAUAGAAAACUUCAUUGGAUUCAAGCCUGGUAUAGAGGCAUGUAGUCUAGCUUGGGAUGACUAUCCAAUACCUGGUGUGACAUACUCAGAAAAGGAUGGUUCUUGUUUCAAAUACAGGUUCAACAAGUCCCAUGACAGCGAUAAGAAGCCAUCAAGGAUUCAGCCAGUCACCGUUUGUUCAGAAAGUAUUAUCAGCACAGACAAUACAACUACACUUGCUCAAGCACAAAACAUGUUACAGGAGCAACAUCAAAAUGCUCAGGACUUAGCAAACUACAACAGUAGACGACAUGGCCAUUCUAGUCCCAGAGGUUCCAACACAAAUGAUGGUGCCAUCAGUUCAGGUUCAGAGGGUUUCUGUGAGCCAGAAAGAAGUAGUUCUAUAUACAGAGAUUCUGACUCGGGAUCAGAAAUGAAAGAAGUGAAUUCCAGAAGUAACUCUAUUGAUGAUCAAGAGGGUUUUCCUGGUCAUGCUUCCCUCCCAAAUGGUUUUGGCAUAGGAAAUAGAUCCGAAGGUGCCUCUAAUUUCUCAGUAUUUUCAACAGACAAGUCUGGAGAUGUAUUCCACGCUUGUGACAAUGCUCAGGAUAAUGCUGCUUUUGUUAUGCCUCCUUCAGAUGCUCAAGUUUCUGGAUCUGCAAGGGCUGAACACUCUUCAGAGUCCCAGCAGUCUGGUGAUGAAUAUCAGGUUUAUUUCUGUACUAAAAACAAAACAGCUGAUGCGGACAAGCAAAAGAAGGAUAAAACAGAUGAACCUAAUUUCUUUGCUGGAGUGAAGAAUAUGGAUCAAAUGCAAGACAUACUGUUUGCAAGAGCAGAAGCCCUGCAUGCCCAUGGUCAUACAAAGGAAGCUUGUCGCUUAGCCCAGAGACUUGCAGAGGAAAUGCUAGCAAAUCCUUGUGACCUGCUUGCAGAAACAGCAAAUCUUCCAAGUAUCAAAGGUAAGAAGAAGAAAGCCCUCACCAACAUCAGUCUGAUGGCCAGUUCCACUUUGUCCAAGGCUGCCUUCCUGUCCAGUGUAUUGGCAGAGGAACACGAAUGUUUCCACCUGGCCUUCAAAGUGGGCAUGUUUGGAUUAGAACUCCCCAGACCACCAGCAUCCUGUAAAGCACUGGAGGUUAAAUUAGCAUAUCAAGAGACCGAGUUACUGAAUCUGCUGAAGAAGAUACCGUUAGGUCCAGCAGAAGUGAAUGUUCUGCGAGACAAGGCUGAACAACUGAGAGAUAGAACCAUAAAAUCCCGUGGUGAUGCCCUCUUGCCUCUCACUCUGGCCAGCUUUAUAUUUGAUUCCCUCUGUCUGCCAAUGUUCCCUCUAGGUAGCACCAGUAGCAGGCCUCCCAGUAGGUCAGUACAGAUCAGUAUUGCAAGGUCCCCAGGAGAUGAGAAGCUUGGGUUUGAAGGGGCAGUCGCAGCACUGGGUAUGAAAGCCAAUGUAUCAGAGGCAGAUCACCCACUCCUGUGUGAGAGUACAAGACGACAGAGAGGGGAACUGGCCAUCACAAUGUUAGUCCAUUACAAGGAUGACCAAGUCAAACUUAGCAAGAUAAUGGAUAAACUGCUAGAUAAGGAGGUUCACCAAUUGUACAAGGCUCCAAGUCUGGUGAACUACUUAGGCAGUAAGUCUGCAUCUGGUCAAGCAGCUACAUCCAUCCAAGCUGUUCAUACCACACCCUCCACCAGCCAGUCUGUACCCCAGGCCUCCACAUCACAGGGCAGUUGCUCCUCUGUCAGUCAACCCCAACAACAAAUCCCUGAGGGGAGUGGUCAAGUAGCUGCAGCAAGGACAGUUUCCAACACGAUUGUGACAUCUGCGACAGGUGCUAGGCCAAAACUCACAUACCCGCUGAGGUAUAACAGUGGAAAGGAUACAGACAGUUCUGCAGUAGAGGAAGAAGAAGAACUCAAAGCUCUGGAAGCCAAAUUGAGAUGUAUGAGCAUGAAAAAAAAGCCUUCACAAGGUAUGGCCAGUAUUGAUAGCAGCGCCCCUGAGACAACCUCAAGUGACAAUUCUCCCACCAUGGUACGGCGUACCUGGAAACACCAGGGGCCAGGCAGUGACUGUGGCAGUUCAGGGGACAGCAGUGAUUCUAUUGGUUCUAGUAGCUCAGGGGAUAAGGAUGCCAGGAACAAACUCAGAGAAAAUGAAAGCCCUCCCAGUCCUUUGGGUGCCAGAUUCAUGCCAUCCCAAUUGAUAGAAUCUCGAAUCCUUACUCCAGGAAUGGCUAAUGUAAAAAAUCCAAGGUACAAAGGAAAGGCUCGUAUUAUGCCCACAGUACCCAACCAACCAAGUGAAGCCUCAGCCCACUUCAUGUUUGAGUUGUCUAAGACUGUGUUGACCAAGGCAGGUGGUAACAGUUCCACUUCCUUGUUUACUCAGCCUAGCAAUACCAAUACUCAUACAGGACCUCACAGAAACCUUCAUCUCUGCGCCUUUCAGAUUGGCCUGUAUGCCUUGGGACUCAACAACUGUGUAUCUCCUAACUGGCUCUCUCGGACCUACUCGUCUCAUGUGUCCUGGAUUACAGGACAAGCUAUGGAGAUUGGAAGUGCAGCCAUCAACAUGCUGAUAGACACAUGGGAGGGUCAUCUCACACCGGCUGAAGUGGCGUCUUUGGCUGAUAGAGCUUCCAGAGGUCGUGACCCUAACAUGAUCAGGGCAGCUGCAGAGCUAGCCCUGUCCUGCCUGCCCAACGCACAGGCUUUGAACCCUUCUGAGGUUCAAAGAGCUCUGAUCCAAUGUAAGGAGCAGAGUAGAGAGAUGUUGCAGAGAGCUUGCUUGGCUGUAGAAAGUGCAGCUAAGGGAGGAGGUGUGUACCCUGAAGUUCUAUUUGAUGUUGCCAGACAGUGGUUUGAGUUGUCAGAGGAGGCUGCAAAGUCUAGUCAUAAUCAUCAAUCUAUAGAGACUACACCCCAUAGUCAUACGACAACAGAAUCCAAAGAUACUGGUGUUCCAACAGCAGUGGUGACUGCUGCUAGUGUGGCUGGGGCUCCACUUCCCACUGACAGGAGGAGUCCAUCCUCACUGUCAGUCAUUCCAUUCAGCUCCACUCCUCCACAUUCGUGUAAUCAAGUGACACUGACAAACACACCACAGAUGAUGCCCCGCGCUGUCAAUAGUCAGAUUCCUACUCAGCCCGUUGUGCUGUCAUAUGCCAUUCCUCAAGCUAACCCUCAUCAUCCUCAGCUACCUCAUCACCACCAGGCGUAUGUUCAACAUUACGGAUAUGUUCAGCAGAUACAGCCAUUUGGACAUCAGUACACCACGCAUCAGCCGAUACCCAUGCAGAAUCACAACCUUCAUCAUUUUGUACCUGCAUUCACAUAUCAAAAUCAGCCUCAUUUCAAUAACAUGCAAGGAAUACCAACUCCUGCCAGUAUAUAUCCUGCCAGUGCAGCUCCACCAUUCCGGGCCCUGACUCCUGCUGUACAAGUGUUUCCUAGUCAUGCACAGUGUCAUCCUCCAACUGUUCAGCAGAUUCCGACAUCAUCAGCAGGAUCUGUACAGCCUUCACAUCCAAUUGAGGUGGUGUCUGAUGGCUCCUCUCAGUCUCCUAGUCCGCCCCAGCCUGCUGCCAUCCAGGGACAGCAUAAUGGUCAACAGACAACCACUAAUCAGGUCCAAUUAAACUACCUGAUGGCUGCUUUCCGUGUUGGCAUGUUAGCUCUCGAAACCUUAGCAAGACGUGUGCAUGAUGACCGACCACAAGCAAAGUACGCCCGCAACCCACCAUAUGGAGAGGAUGUCAAAUGGCUCCUUAACAUAGCUAUCAAAUUAGGUACAAAUUAUCUCCAGCAGUUUUGUGCCAGUGCAGUUAAUGCAGUUGUCAGUCCUUUUGUUUUGUAUGACAUCUACGUUGAAGGUGCUCACAUCUUGGCCAGGAACAAUCCGUCUAUUCCACAAGGUCAUCUGAGAUCAAAUAAUAUACUCAAUCCCCUGGUCCAAAAAUGUCUUCAAAUGUUCAUCCAAUGUGCUCACCAGCGUAUACACCAUAUCAACCCUUCUGAGUAUGAUGAUUUCAUAAACACCAUCUGCAGUGCCAGAAAUGCCUUUUGUCUCACACCAGGUGGUAUGGUCCAAUUUCAAGAGUUUCUACAAAGUCUACGCAGGACCAAGUCAUGCCGCAAGGAUCUCUGGGCUAGGAUAGUCAAUGGGCUAGCUACUGGCAAUGUUUGAUGUCAAUUUUAUAUAGACCACUGACUAUAACAAUAUGAAGAUAUCUAUUUCUCUAUGACAAAAAAAAAAGCAAAACUACUGUUGUGUACGAAGAUAUUUAUAUUUUUGUGGAAGAGGAAUUUCAAUUCAUCCUUAAAUUCAGGAUUUUACAAGGAUUUAUCAGAUAACAUAAUGUUAUAUUUUAAUGAAACUUGAGUUUAUUACAGACAAAACAGAUGAGUUAUAUUUGUUUGACUAUUUUCAUUCUGUUGGUAUUCUAUCUCACAUCAGUGUCAAAGUAAAUCAUAAUCUAUUCAGGUAUCAUACUCACUAUAUUAAAUGUUUAAUAUUAUGUUGAUUAUAUGUUAAACUUGGUUAUAUACACAUUUAGUUUUUACUUGUGUAUUGUGGUUGAUGAUUUAAUGUUGAAUUUAUACACUGUUCAUUGAUGAGUAUCCUUUUGUUUGUUGAUAUAUAAAUAUUAGUAUGUUUUACUGUUUAUUGAUGCUAUCUUUGUACACCAGGAAUAUAACACACCCAUAGUCCACUAAUGCCAAAUCCAGUGUUGAUACAACUUCGCUAGAUGUGUAUGUAGAAUGUAUACAGUUUUAUAUAGAACAACCAGUAAGUAUGUGUGAUGUUUUAGUGACUAGUACCUUUCUCUGGCUUGAUCAAGGUGUAGUUAUCGAAGAGUCAUGCUUAAAUUUCUCUUAAACUGCACAAUCUGAACAAAAUGUCAAAUUUGGUUAAAACAGGAUGUUAGCUGGGGUAUUUGUUUUGACUGAAUCUUGUGUGGAAUCAAAAAGGAAAUUAGCAGGUGUUUAUGAGUAUAAUCUAUGCACAAUUUGAGUUUGUUUUUAAUAUGCUAUACUCUAAAAUAUUUAAAACAGUUGAAAGUUGCAUAUACCGGGAUUGUUGAAUGUCAUGUAAUUUAUUUAUCAAACUUCGAUCAAAGUUUCACUUUUAGGCAACCCAUUAUCUUCCAUGAUGGAUAUUUUUACAUCAGAUUUUUUUUUUUUUUUUAAUGUUUAUGAAAACCUAAUUAUUUUUACACCAUAACAAAACCUAUAAGCAAUAGAUAAUGUCCUCUGUGAAGUAUUUAUGUAUUCAAUCUAUUAUUUUGAAGUAGUUUCAUCUGCAUUUUUUACAGAUUGAUUUUGUAUUGUUUUCUGAAAGACUACAAGUGUAUAGUAAAAAGAAAUUUAUUGCUUUAACCAUAAACUGGACAGAAUCCAAACAUUUUAAAUCCUUCAUUUUUUAAAGACUAUUUGAGUUUUGUGAUACAUAUGCAUUAUAUGUAAUAAAAAGAAAAAGGUAAGCUAAAGAUAAAAAGCAUAUUGACUGUCAUCCAGGAAUUUGUAGUCUUGGCAAGGGAAGUGCCUCGGUCAGAAAAUGCCCUAAAGCGAAUCACAAUAACUUUUUAUGCUGUUGGUGCACUGUAAUAUUCAAUGAAAAAGUGUUCAGUUUAUGGUAAAGUUUCUCACAACUAUUUUUUCAUAUGAUAAAUUCAAGUUGAAUUAAUAUUUGAUUAAUUCAGAGUGUUUGGCUUGCCAAUAUCUUACCAUUCAAUGUCUCAUAUUUGUAUUGUUUUAAUCGAAAAGUCUAAAAUUCCUUAAAACAUUUCAUUUGAUGAUUUCCUUUAUAUGUAGAAGUACGAUAGCGGUUUUAUGGUCAAGGUCAAGGCUACUUUUCAAAAAUAGAAAGUUAAUACUUUAUAUAGACAGCAAAUAUAUUUUGCCAGUCAUUAAGCAAAACUGUCGAAGUAAACCGAUGGACAGCCAAUCACAAAGUUUGAUUCUUGUAGAUAUGUCAAUGUUUUAGUAUUCCCUAAUUACACCUUCAGCCCUUUUGAUGUAUCCAUCAAACCACACUAAAUUAGAUUAAAACUAACAAGCUUAGGUUAAAACAUUUAGAAUGUGCUUUCCCUCGAUGAAAUUUUCUCAUAAAAAACCAGUGGUUCUGGUCACUUAGUGUAUCACUAUCAUGUGCAAGAUAAGCAUCCUAAACAGUAAAUAUGUAUUAAUUUGAAUUUCUGUAUUGCAUGCCUUUGUAAAUAUUCCUUGUAGUAUUGUUUUAUAACUAGAAUAUAUUUAUAUUUAUUCAUUCAUUUGUGAUUUAUUUAAUUAAAUUUUUGUUGUAUUUCUACAAUAAUACAAUGUCUGUAAUUGCCAAUUUAAAAAAAAAAUAUUCCCAUGAUUUAUAAAAAUCUUUCUUUACUUAUUCAUUUAAUUUUCAGUCUUUUAUGAUAUUAUUUAAACAUUCUUAUGUGGGGUAUAUAUUUUGAUGAUAUGGUUAUUUAAUUUAUUGUUAAAUGAAAAAAAACCUUUAGUAAGUAUUAAAAUGGGUUAUGAUACAGUAAACAUCACAUACACCUGAGGACACAACCAAUGAGGAAGCCAACUUCCCUGGCUUCACAAAAGACAGUGAAAUAAAUCUGUUACAUAUCAAGUGUUCUACUCAUAGGCAAACGAGGAUUAUAUAGUGUGACUGUGGGAAUUUGUUAAUUUUAUUUGUGCCAUGGUGGAUAAAUUUUAUAAAAUGUUAAUAUUUCUAUAUUUUAUAGAAUAGACAUUUAAAUGAACACUCAUUGCUGUAAAAAAAAAUAGAAAAAAAAAAGAAAAAAAAGCAACUCUCCAAACAUGUCUGUUUUUAUGUCAAAGAAAGUAUGGAAAUUGUGUAGGGUGAGUAAAGGGUACUGAUACUAGAGGUAUAAAUAUGGAUAACAUUGGAAUAAUCACUGGAGACGUUUUAGCGUAUAUGACCACGUAAACCAAGCAUUUUCAGCAGCACCUGUAUCUAUUUAUAUUUGUAUACUUUUUUUAAAUGUUGAUAAUCCAACAGAAAAACAAAACAAAAAAAGCUACUCACCUUGAGACUGUUGAUCAUGAAUUAUCUGAUGAUGUUAUCUUGUAUUUAAAUGAUGUAGAAUUGGUUAUGUUUAUGUAAAUUUUUAAUAGUGACAAAGAUAUAAUACUCCCAGCAUGAAAUAUGUAAUAGGACUUGCAUAUAUACCUGCUAAAUGCAUUAUUGAAAUUGUUCUAGAAAUUGUCUCUCAAUACUUUUGUACGGCAUAAACAUGUAAACACACAACCUAGGGUAUUGUCAGUUUCUUAAAGAAAUUAAAUUAUUUUGGCUUCCAGAUAAACUGCUUAGUAUUUCCAAUUCUGAACUUAAUGAUUUGGAUGUAUUAACCAUUGGAGUGUUUGAUUUUUUACUAUUUGUUUAAUCCAUAAAGAAUAGAUUGUAUGUGUAUAUGUGUUUAUCUUCAAAGUCCCAUCUUUGUAUGCUUGAAGCAUAUUUGGUAAUGUUGAAUGUUUUUUUCUUGAAUUUGAAUGAAUAGAGUAGACAUAAUUGUUAACAUUGAAUAAAGCCUAGAACAGAAAUAACAGCACUAGUUAACACUAAAUUCAGGGUCGAGAGCAAACAGCAAUACUGGUUAAUGUUAAAACAGCAGUACCCAUUAAUAUCAAAACAGCAGUACCCGUUAAUAUCAAAACAGCAGUACUGGUUAAUAUUAAAACAGCAGUACCGGUUAAUAUCAAAACAGCAGUACUUGUUGAUAUUAAAACAGCAGUACCGGUUAAUAUCAAAACAGCAGUACUUGUUGAUAUUAAAACAGCAGUACUUGUUAAUAUUAAAACAACAGUACCGGUUAAUAUCAAAACAGCAGUACCCGUUAAUAUCAAAACAGCAGUACUUGCUGAUAUUAAAACAGCAGUACUUGUUGAUAUUAAAACAGCAGUACCGGUUAAUAUUAAAACAGUAAUAUCAGUUAAUAUUGAAACAGCAGUACCGGUCAAUAUUAAAAGAGCAGUACCGGUUAAUAUUAAAACAGCAGUACCGGUUAAUAUUGAAACAGCAGUACCGGUCAAUAUUAAAACAGCAGUACCCGUUAAUAUUAAAACAGCAGUACCCGUUAAUAUUGAAACAGCAGUACCGGUCAAUAUUAAAACAGCAGUACCCGUUAAUAUUAAAACAGCAGUACUUGUUAAUAUUGAAACAGCAGUACUGGUCAGUACUGGUCAAUAUUAAAACAGCAGUACUUGUUAAUAUUGAAACAGCAGUACUGGUCCGUACUGGUCAAUAUUAAAACAGCAGUACCCGUUAAUAUUAAAACAGUAAUAUUGGUUAAUAUUAAAACAGUAGUACUGGUAAAUAUAUAAAAACAGCUGCAGUUCUGGUUAAUACUAAAACAGCAGUACUUGUUAACCACAGAACAAGAUAAAAUUUAAUUUAGAGUAAAGGAAAAAUCGACGGUACUAAUCAACAUACAGUUAACCCAGAGUGUCAGCAGCAGUACUAGUUAACAUUAAAAUAAAACUGGUUCACAUAAAAGUAACCUUAAGGAGUAACCGGCUGGGUAACAUUAUAAAUCUGUAAAGUGCCGUACUUAUGUUGUAUGAGUAUGCACAUAUUUCUUUGCAUUGAUCAUUGGUAGUACUGUGUAUAUAAGAUAUUUAUGAAACAAAAUUGGACAAAGUUUAGAGAUAAAAAAGUACUCUAUCAUGAUGAAAGGAAUUCAAAUUUAACAUGCAAUAUUAAUAAAAUUGGGUUGAAUAUGAAAAUGUGUUUGUAUACUGGUAAUAUGAAUAUCAAUUCAAUAGGAUUUUCCAUUUAAUAUUGCUUGUGCCUUCAUAUCUGGAUACAUUACUUAAUACACUACAUUUGUCAUCACAACUGCAUUUUCUUCAGCAACACUCCUGCUUUGUGCUCAUUUUUAAUUUGCUCAUAUUAUCAGCUGAAAAUGUGGCAAACAGCUGCCAGAAGUUCAUUGAACAUGCUUAUUAUCCAAGUCCAACAUUAGUAUGUGUUGUAUUUGCUAGUCACCUUGGUAAGUGAUCUCCUGUUCAUUAAUUAUGGUACCAGAGGCCAUUCAUUCAAUUUAACAUUCAGAAAUAUUGUGUAUAGGAUCAAAAUUAGCACAUUUAACUUUUCAUCAAAAUGAUUUAGUAUUAAUGUUUCAAAUUUCAAAUUGAUUGCAUAAUUUGUGUUUAACUAUGUCAAAUUAAUUUUGAUCUCAUUUAUAUAUAAUAUAUAUACAUAUUUAUAUAUAAGCAACGAACAGGUAUCAGAAUAUAAAAUGAAUAAUCAAUGGAAUGCUAGUUCUUUUUUCUAUUAUUUUUUUAAUAACAAUAAAAUUUUGUUGUGAUUAAUUCCUGUGUCUAAGGUACUUGCUAGUAUUGAGAAGUGAUUUCGAGUGAGAGGAGAUUUCGGAAAAUUUUCAUUGUAUAUUGUGGAUUAAAUGAAGAAUUAAAGGCUAUAUUAGAGGGGCAACUGUUGUUAAGGGGAAUUUAAGGUCAAUUUUGGGAUAAAACAUGGAGGAAUCUUAAGAAAUAAACUUCAUUAUGUUGGCAUUCCUGCUUGUGGUAUAUAUAGAUAUCACUGAAGGUACUGAAAUUAUAAUUAAUUUCCUCAUUUUUUGUUGCUCUUGUGUCUGGGGGAAAUCACAAUCUGCUUGUGAUACACAACAGUAAAACAAUUUUUUUUUUAUUCUGUGAAAAUAGUAUCAUAACUUAAUAUAUAGAUAGACUAAAAUCUAUUUUUUUUUUUUUUGGAAAAGUGUUGUAAAAGAAAACAUUUUUUGUCAGUUAAUUGAUUUCUUUUUCUACACCAAUUACAUCCAAAUAUACCCAAUGUGACGACAUCAUGUUCAUCUGGAAGUGAUUAUUUAUGCAAUCAAUUUGAUCUUCAGAAGGGUACUUAGUCAUCACUGGUCCAAAUCCACUGACAUUUGAUAGCUUGCCACUGUCAUGUGACCAGGUACUCCUCCUCCCCAUAUUAAGUGUAGAAUGCAUGACUUAUGCAAUGAAGCAGCAGUGUAAAAGUGUACACCCCAACUCACCAGAGUAUCUGUUCAUCACAGAGCAUAAUGUUUUAUAGCAUCCCACCAUCCAUGUUUGUAGCAGUUGUAGCAUCCACUCAUGUCAUCCAAACCGUAAUAAAGUAAUGUAUUAGAUAAA